AUGGCAGAUUUCCUUCAGUUGGGUCCUGGCACCAAAGCCGUGGACAUCGGUUGUGGCCGAGGACGCAUCGCACAUCACGUGGCGUCCUACACUGGCGCGCACGUGACCGGGCUCAACAUCGACAAGGAGCAACUGCGGCAGGCGGUGGAGUACGCGGAGCAGACCGGGCUCUCCGGAUCCCAGUUGGACUUCAAGCAUGCGAACUAUAACGACCCGUUGCCCUUCGAAGACAACAGCCUGGACGCGGCUUACUAUGUCCAGGUCUUGAGCUACAGCACCAACCUUGAGGCCUUCUUCAAGGAGGUGUAUCGAGUGGUGAAGCCUGGUGGGAGGGUGGCCUUCGAGGACUAUGUCCUUGGAACCUCGGCCUGA